GAAGGAUUCAAUUGAGGUUGUGGUGGAAAAGGAUGUUCUUGGGCACAAACAAUUGCGUGUGGCUCCAGGUCAGCAGGGGCAUGUUCAUGCCCCGUGCCGUGGAAACAAGAAAAACAGCGUUCUCAUCCAGAAUUCUGAACCAACCUUCAAAUACAGCCUACCCCAACACAUGGUUUCACACUUCAACAACAACCUUUUUAUCUCAACCCAUUCAACCCAAAAAACGUAUUAUAACAAAGUUUUCAUCCUCCAAUUCUGACGAACCAUUCAUCAAAAAAUCAGAAUCAAAAAUGGGUUUGUUGGAUCUAGAGAAGCACUUCGCCUUCUAUGGCGCUUACCACAGCAACCCCAUCAACGUGGGCAUCCACAUCCUCUUUGUUUGGCCCAUCCUUUUCACCGCCCAAAUCAUCCUCUACUUCACCCCUUCCCUUCUCUCCCUAGGGUUCCUUCCCCCGGUGCUUGUUCUCAAUUGGGGCUUCUUCGCCACCGUCUUCUACGCUCUCUUCUACAUGGCCUUGGAUACAAAGGCUGGUUCUUUCACUGCUUUUCUCACUUUCUUCUGCUGGGUCGUUUCCAGUUUUGUCGCCAAUAACCUCGGCUAUUCGCUCGCCUGGAAGGUUGUUUUGGCUGCUCAGUUGUUUUGUUGGACUGGACAGUUUAUUGGUCACGGUGUGUUUGAGAAACGUGCACCAGCUCUCUUGGACAACCUUAGCCAAGCUUUUCUGAUGGCUCCUUACUUCGUGGUGCUUGAGAUCCUCCAAUCUAGUUUUGGAUACGAACCAUAUCCAGGAUUCAACACCAGGGUAAAGGCAAGGAUAGAUUCUGAUAUCAAACAAUGGCAUGAUAAGAAACAAAAGAAACAUUCUUAGAUUACCAUUCCUUUACAAACGUGGAGUUAUCGACCCCCUCAUAGAAACUAAGGAAAUGGGUUGUUGUAUUAUACAUACACACUCAAACCAAAAUAGAUUACAAUCAAAACAUUGUGUCAAUUAUCAUUAUAAUGUCAUAGAAAGUUUCAAACUUAGUUUAAUUUUCUUUGAAGUUACAUUUUUCAAUAUGUGAAGUCAAUUCAUACGUGAUUUCGAG